UUCUUAAUCUCUUGGUAGUCUCUAUCACUUAACAGUUGUCAGAUUGAGCUUACCUAUAAUUUCAAAACGCUCCUUUAUUGUGAUGCAGGUUGUGGAAAAUCACCAAAUUUGAAUCAUUUAAUAAUAGCAGCCACAAAAGUCACAAAAAUCUUUCAGCAUGAUUAUAUGAAAAAUGUGCCACGUGAUGCAGGUCAUACACAGCUACAAAAUAGUGUAACAAAUAAUUCAAAUGGAUUAACUUUACUGGAGUUACUGGUUGGUGGUGAUGUAUGUAUAGUGAAUGAUGAAAUCGACGGUGUAUUUGUUAAGUGGGGUAUUUACAAUAAGGAACUGACGGCAGAAAUUUCGAUAUUAUGUUCAUUAUUCGAUGGUACUAAUGGAUUAUCCCGAUUAACAUCACUUCCAACAACUGAAAUAAAUGGAGCUAGGUUAUCAAUUUUAGGCGGUACAUCAGGCACACAUUUAGCUAAUGUUUUGAAACGUUGGUCGAAUGGAAAUGGUCAAGAUGGUUUGUUUAGUCGUAUGAUGUUUUUACCCGUGUGGUAUAAAUCAGCAGUUUGUCCAAAUGAUUUGAAAUUUGCUCAUGCUGGUAUACCGUCGUUUAUUCAUGUUUUUCUUGUUUGCCACUUACUUGGAUCAAUAGAAUAUCGCUUCGAUACCAUUGAUGAAUCUCACAUAUCAACAACAGCAAGCACAAGAGCAGAUGGAAGCGUUGAUGGUAAUAGUGCUUAUUGUUAUGUAUUUAAUAAGGUUGCUGGUCAAACUGAUAUAUUGCUUCACCCGCAAUGUAAAGAUUUGCCACCACAUAUUGUAUCAUUUUAUGCUAAAGUAAAUGAUAUUUAUCCACGUAUUUGUGUGUUACUUAAAUUAUAUAAGAACAUUAUGUCCGUUUUAACUGAAUUACAGGAUAUUAUUGAUUUUGACGAUGAUUUUCGAGAAAAUGGUGCUGAUACAGAAAAAUUUAUAGCUGCAGCAGUUAAAGUGCUUAAUCAAUUAUUCUUAUCGACAGCGGAGCAAUCCGAGAAAUCCGGUAUGUAUGGUAUUAUUGUACUGACUCAUCAGAUCCUUGCUAUACAUGUUUUAAUUUGUACAGGUAUGCCAGUUCUAUAUGUUGAUAGAGAAACAUGUGAACAAGCAUGGAUGUAUUAUUUAUUUAUCUUCAAUUCAAUAAAGUCAAUAUUUAAUCUUGAUACGAUAGUGCCUAUAAAUGGUUCACCGCGUGAACAACGGCUGAUCGAUCCUGAUUAUUGUAGAAGAAUACUGUCAUUUCCUUAUACAUUCUUUUCAAUAACAAUGAUAGCUAGUUACGAUCGCCAUGAUGUAAAAAGAAGUGGACCAUGUAAAAAACAUCCAGAGCGAUUCCAUGAGUGUGCUCAAGCGUUGAUUGACGACGGUCUAUUAUUCAGAGAAAGAUUUAUUGCUACUUGUGAAAUAGCUUAUCAUAAAGUUCCACCACCAACAGUCUCUACGCCAAGGUCUUAUGAAGAAAUUGAUAUGGAACGGAAAUUAAAUAAAUGGGGUAUGACAUUAUCUGAGUAUCGAAAAAUUCACCUAAAAUCAUGCUCAGUUAAGAAAUUGACAGAUUUUGCUUCGAAAUUUAUGGUAAAACGUUACAAACAAUAUUAUCAAGAUUUUCCAAAAUAUAUAAAUAAUGAAUGUGUUCGACAAGAUGUUGAUUCUUUAGUUCAAGACGGUUUGCUUGUACAAGAAGUUGUUAAUGGUGAAUUAACAUUUUCUUUAAAGGCAAUUAACCAAGUUUCUCCUAAGAAUAAUUCCUUACAAACGGUCUUAUCCAACAAUAAUAAUAGUAAUAACAAUCAAUCACUAUCAACAGAGACAGUAGCUACUGCAUCAACUAUUGAAGUAACGGUGUCACCUGAUACUACAACAUUAUUACAACAACAACCGAUGAAUUCCCUAUCAACUGAGCCGAUAACUGAAACACAAGAUUCUAGUUUAAAUUACACAUCUGCAUUAAAUGUUACAACAACGCUAUCAAAACAAACAGUAGAUCCUUCGUCUCAAAAUCCAAUGUUGCUGUCAUUACUUACUUCAAAAUCAGAUUUAUCUGAAAGGAAUCAGUCUAGUCAAGUAUCGCAACAACUUGUGAGUUGGUCUGAUACAACUUUUGAGCAAAGCGAUAAUAUCACACAAAAUAAAUUUGUGGUAGCCGCACCAACGAAUGUAAAUGUCAGUGAAGAACAACAUACGUCAGCAAUCAUGAUAGCUAAUAUGCAACAAGAAGAAGUUAAUCAUACUCCUAAUGCUCAAUUAAAUGAUAUGGAAAAUAAUGGUGAUGAAUCAGAUAAUUAUCAAUUAGCCAAUAUUGGUAAUAGUUCAACAGUAAUUGUUGGUCAACCAGCAAUGAUUAUUAAUGCAGAAGAACUAUUAAAAAUAAUGCAUGACAAUCAACAAGUGGUAGUAAAACAAUCUGCACAUAAAAGUAACAAAGCACAAAGUGUUAUCGAUGAUAAAAAUAACAACCGUAAAAGAAAGGAUAAAAAAAAGCUGAAUGAAGCAGAAAUUCAAGAAAUUCUUUAUAAUAAAAUAUUAAUACUAAGUUCACCGAUUAUAUCUAUGAAAAGUAAUACGAAUAAUCGUGUCUUAACAUCAGCUGGUGCUGUUAAAUUAUUCCCAUUAACGCAGUCGAUUACCGAAUAA